AUUAUUUUGACAACAGUACUAAAAAGCUAACUUCAAAAUUCUAAAGGAGAAAAUGGGGAGACAAAUAGAAACCUUUCCGAAUCCCGAGAGGACGCCACUAGUGUUUGCUUCCCUUCCAUGCGGUUGACUGAUUUGUUUCUUCUAAUGAAAUAAUCUCAUUUUCUCACUUUUUGAACCAUCCCUCUACUUAAAUAGAAGCAUUCCCCAUCAUGGCUAGCUGCUUACCUAGCUCUAUAGCUAUUACUACAAGACACACCGUACCCUCCCUCCCUAUGAGAUGGCCAGCGGUGAUCAUCUUCCCACCAUGGCUUGGGAUCUCAACAGCCUCGGAGUUCUCAACACACACAUGUCCAUGUCCAUGUCCAUGUCCUCCACCCUAGCGUUAAUGGACAGCAACAGCAAUGGCCCAUAUGCAUUCUCAUCUUCUGUGGACGAUGACUCUGAUCUGUCAACGGGCUAUCUCCAAGAUGCACUAGUGGAAUUCAGCGGCCGGGCUAAACGGAGACCCCUGCUUUUAUGCGGCGAUGACGAUCGAAACCAUCAUUGCACCAACGAUAUAAGAAUACUGCCAUAUUGGUAUUGGAACUCAAACCGGACGUGGGACCUUUCCGAGAAGUUUAAUUGUAUGAGUCAGACCACUAGCACUACUCUUGAUGAAGUUUCAGGAGAACCCAUAAACACAUGGGUCAGCUGCAGACUGGGAAGGGCUGAGGAAGCAGCAGCUUUCACAGAUGUUAAAACACCAGAUGAGGCAAUGCUGGCCCCAGAAACUGUUGAUUCUUCUUCGUCUUCGUACAAGGUCGACCCGGAGAACACCAACUCUGCUUCUGACAAAGCCACCCUAUUUUCCAUUGUAAACCACCCUUUGCCUGCAGAAGGCGGUGGUGACGAGGACGAUGAUGAGGAUGAGAUGAUGGUGAUGGUGAUGACAAAGAGGCAGAAGAAAAAGAAGAAGAAGAAGAGGGUGGUGUACCCAUUUGCAGUUGUGAAGCCAGGAGGGAGGGAAGGGGACGUAACUCUGAACGACAUAAACGAGAGGAUACUAAUGCCGCCCACUCGGCCUUUGAGGCAUCCAGUUGGGGACUUCGCUUGUCGGCCAUGCGUCUCUGCGCAUGGACUAGGCCUUUCUGGGAAAGCUGUGGUGGCACUCACAAGAAUCCACACCCAAGGCAGAGGCACAAUCACCAUAAUCAGAACUCGAGGCUAGCCACAACUACUUCCAGCUUGCUAUCUACUACUAUACUAUGUUCUUCUCAUCCAUCGAGCUGAACUAGUAUCAUAAUUAUCUAGCUCGUUUGAAUUGUAUAGACAUCCAGAUCAUAGAAUAUAUGUAUGUAUGAAAUCUUCUUCUUCUUCUUCUUCUUCUUCUUCUUCUAUAUAUAUGUGUGUGUGUGUGAAUAUAUUGAGAAAUCAAGAGGUGUUAAAAGCUA